AUCACCUAACGUUGACCGAACACCAGCAACAAAGCCUGACCUCACAUUUUUUGAGAACUUAUCUAAUUCUUUGAGUCACCAGCGGAUUUCGUUCUCGAGUGAUCUUGGCCAAUCCGAUAUAGCACCACCACCGGUAAUAGAACCAUGCGGCCUUAUCCGAAGAGAUGAAACUCUUUUAGAUUCCUCAAAUCCGGACUUCGAGUUCCAUAUUGCAAACAACUUUGAUCCAGGAGACUCCUCACCAGCUGAUGAGAUCUUUGCAGACGGCAUGAUCCUUCCUUUCCAUGUAACUGCAGCUUCGACCGUGCCAAAACGUCUCUACAAGUACGAACUCCCUCCCAUUACAUCCUCCCUUUCUCCAUCCCCUCUCUCGCCACAACCACUGCCCACAAAACACAGCGAAAAGGAAACCAACGGGAGAGCAAGUGGAGCAAACUCUGACUCAGAAGCAGAGAAGUCAUCAAAGUCGUUUUGGAGUUUCAAGAGGAGCUCGAGCCUCAACUGCGACAUAAAGAAGAGUCUAAUCUGUUCAUUUCCUCGGCUCACUAGAAGCAACUCGACAGGCUCGGUUACUAAUUCUAAGAGAGCAAUGCUGAGAGAUGUGAACAACCACAGGCCUUCUUCUCCCUCUUCUUCUUCCUCUAUAUGUUGCAAUGCGUAUCAUUUCAGACCGCAAAAGCACACAGCAAAGAAGGGUGAAGGAGGAGGAAGUUUUUCGAUCAUUCCAGUCCCCAACGGCCAAUCUACAUUUGGGUUAGGAUCAAUCUUACGCCAUUCGAAAGAUAAGACGAAGAAGAAGAAGAAGAACAAGAAGUAGAUGAUAUGAGAUGUUCAGAGUUUCCUCUUUUGAUUGUGUCUGCACAUUGUUGGGGUUUAUUGAACACAUUUUAAUAGUAGAUGAUCACAGCAGCAAGAGCUUAUCGAAGUUUUGGAUCAAUUCUUUUUUCUUUUCAUUUUGUCUACAAAUUGUUGUGUGUGUUUUUCUCGAACAUUCAUUGUACACAUUUUUGUUAGUGUUGCUUAACUUACCAAACUUUUUAGGUUGCUUCAA